GACCUCAGAUUCUUUCACUGCAGUGGACGACAUACAAACAUAGAAAUAAUAUAAGGUGCAGCUGAGAAAAAGCUUCACCAUGAUGACAAAGACAUCUUUCAUCUUUCUUCUGUUUGUUGCCUGCUGCAACGCCCAGACCAACACAACCAUUGCUGAAUCAACAACUACAACUGUUGCUACAAGCACAGUUGCAGAAAUGACAACAACUGCCACUGCAGAAACAACCACACCUACCUUAACAACCACGGCUGCUGCAACAACAACCACAGCUGCAGCAAUGACAACCACGGCUGCCCCUACAACCACAUCUGCAGGAACAACAACUGCAACUUCCCCUACAACUACAAUUUCAGAUAUGACAACCACAUCAGCCCCUACAACCACUGGUGAAUCAACAGCUACAACAACAGCUACUGCUGAAUCAACUACAAUUUCCACUACAACUAUAGCUGCAGAAACAACAACAACCACUGCAACAACCACAGCUGCAGCAAUGACAUCUUCAACAACAAGCACACUGCCCCCUACAACCAUUGCAGACUCAAUGAGUACAAUUGCCCCUUCAUCUACAACUGCAGAACAAACAACUGCUGCAACAACUACAGCUGCAGAAACGACCACAGCUGCCCCAACAACCACGGCUUCUCCAACAGCAACCACACUGGCCCCUACAGUUACCGCUGAAUCAACAACUACAACUUCCCCUACAACUACAGUUUCAGAAACAACAACGACUGUUGCAACAACUACAGCUGCUGCAACAACAUCCACAGAUACAGCAACAACAAUGACGGCUGCACCAUCGACAACCAUAUCGGUCCCUACAACCACUGCAGAAUCAGUGAGUACAAUUGCACCUUCAACUCUAGGAGCAGAAACAACAACAACUGCCGCAGCAACUACAGCUACAGAAACAACCACAGCUGCCCCAGCAACCACGGCUGCUGCAACGACAGCUGCAGCAAUGACAUCUUCGGCUGCUCCAACAACAAGCACGCUGCCCCCUACAACCAUUGCAGACUCAAUGAGUACAAUUGCCCCUUCAUCUACAACUGCAGAACAAACAACUGCUGCAACAACUACAGCUGCAGAAACGACCACAGCUGCCCCAACAACCACUCCUGCUGGAACAGCAACUACACAUAGAGCAACGACAAUGACGGCUGCCCCAACUACAACCACAAUGGCCCCUAUAGUUACCGCUGAAUUAACAACUACAACUUCUCCUACAACUACAGUUUCAGAAACAACAACGACUGUUGCAACAACUACAGCUGCUGCCCCAACAACAUCCACAGAUGCAGCAACGACAUUGACGGCUGCACCAUCGACAACCACAUCGUUCCCUACAACCACUGCAGAAUCAGUGAGUACAAUUGCACCUUCAACUACAGGAGCAGAAACAACCACAGCUGCCCCAGCAACCACUGGUGCUGCAACGACAGCUGCAGCAAUGACAUCUUCGGCUGCUCCAACAACAAGCACACUGCCCCCUACAACCAUUGCAGACUCAAUGAGUACAAUUGCCCCUUCAUCUACAGCUGCAGAACAAACAACUGCUGCAACAACUACAGCUGCAGAAACAACCACAGCUGCCCCAACAAUCACUCCUGCUGGAACAGCAACUACAGAUACAGCAACAACACUGACAGCUGCCCCAACUACAACCACAAUGGCUCCUACAACAACUGCUGAAUCAACAACUACAGUUGCACAAACCAAAACGGAAACCACAACUGCUCCAACAAGUACAGCUGUGGAAACAACAACUGCUCCAUCAACUACUACAAAUUCCUUUAUAAUUACAGCUGCAGUAACAACCACAGCUGCAGAAACAAUAACCACAGCUUCUACUACAUUGACAACAGCCUCCCCAACAACCAGUGUUGGAGUAUCGACCACAACUGCUCCUACAACAUCCACAGCUGCAGCAACAUCCACAGGUGCACCAACAACAACCACAGCAUCCACAACUUUGACCACAUCUUUCCCAACAACAACUGCAGCAGCAACAUUGAUCACAGUUGACCCUACAAACAACCACGGCUGCUGGAACAGCAACCACAGCUUCCGCAACAACAACCGCAGGUGCAGCAAUGACAUCCACAGCUGCAGGAACAACAACCACAGCUUCAGCAACAGCCGCAACUUUCGCAACAUCGACCACAACUGCCCCAACAACCACGGCUGCUGGAACAGCAACCACAGCUGCAGUGCAGCUGAGAAAAAGCUUCACCAUGAUGACAAAGACAUCUUUCAUCUUUCUUCUGUUUGUUGUUGCAGAAAUGACAACAACUGCCACUGCAGAAACAACCACACCUACCUUAACAACCACGGCUGCUGCAACAACAACCACAGCUGCAGCAAUGACAACCACGGCUGCCCCUACAACCACAGCUGCAGGAACAACAACUGCAACUUCCCCUACAACUACAAUUUCAGAUAUGACAACCACAUCAGCCCCUACAACCACUGCUGCAGCAAUGACAUCUUCAACACCAAGCACACUGCCCCCUACAACCAUUGCAGACUCAAUGAGUACAAUUGCCCCUUCAUCUACAACUGCAGAACAAACAACUGCUGCAACAACUACAGCUGCAGAAACAACCACAGCUGCCCCAACCACCACGGCUGCUGCAACGACAGCUGCAGCAAUGACAUCUUUGGCUGCUCCAACAACAAGCACACUGCCCCCUACAACCAUUGCAGACUCAAUGAAUGCAGCAACGACAAUGACGGCUGCACCAUCGACAACCAUAUCGGUCCCUACAACCACUGCAGAAUCAUUGAGUACAAUUGCACCUUCAACUACAGGAGCAGAAACAACAACAACUGCCGCAGCAACUACAGCUACAGAAACAACCACAGCUGCCCCAGCAACCACGGCUGCUGCAACGACAGCUGCAGCAAUGACAUCUUCGGCUGCUCCAACAACAAGCACACUGCCCCCUACAACCAUUGCAGACUCAAUGAUUGCAGAAACAACAACGACUGUUGCAGCAACUACAGCUGCUGCAACAACAUCCACAGAUGCAGCAACGACAAUGACGGCUGCAACAUCGACAACCAUAUCGGUCCCUACAACCACUGCAGAAUCAGCGAGUACAAUUGCACCUUCAACUACAGGAGCAGAAACAACAACAACUGCCGCAGCAACUGCAGCUACAGAAACAACCACAGCUGCCCCAGCAACCACGGCUGCUGCAACGACAGCUGCAGCAAUGACAUCUUCGGCUGCUCCAACAACAACCACCCUGCCCCUACAACCAUUGCAGACUCAAUGAGUACAAUUGCCCCUUCAUCUACAACUGCAGAACAAACAACUGCUGCAACAACUACAGCUGCAGAAACGACCACAGCAGCCCCAACAACCACUCCUGCUGCAACAGCAACUACAGAUUGA